AUUUUGGGUAAGUUUUGAAAUGUAAAGAAAUGGAUGGGACAUCCCAAAAAAGGAAAGUGUAAAGAAAUGGGAGGGACGGAGGGAGUAAUAAUUAUGGAAGGAGGCAAGGAGGCCCAGUAUGGCAAUAUCAAAGUAACUUUGAUUAUAUCCAUAUAUAAUUCCAAUUUUAAUUUGGUAAUAUUAAUUGACAGUCCUUAUAAAUUAGGGUUGAAUGUUAUGUUUUUGGUACAGAUCGAAAAUAAUUUAUACUCACAAUCCUCUGAUUUUCUCAUGGCUCACAACAACUAUUUCGACCAGGGCUCUCAGGGAUCCUCUACGUUUCCUACUCAAGACAAUUCUCCUCGUCUUAAUCAAGACUAUCAAGAAUCCCCUAUGCCUCAAAACAAUUCUUUCGGUCUUGAACACCACUCACAAGAAUUCCCUAGAUUUCCUGUACCACGAAACAACUCUCCCGGUUGGACUCCUCAACAAGUCUCUAAUUUUCCAAUGACUCAAAACAACUCUCCGGAUUGGACUCCUCAACAAUUACCUAAUUUUCCAAUAGCUCCUCAACAACUCUCUAAUUUUGCGAUGACUCAAAAUAACUCUCGCUAUCAUGAACAUGGCUUUCAACAAUUUUCUUAUUUUCCAAUGACUCGAAACAACUAUCCCGGACUUGAUCAAGGCCCUCGCAAAAACCAGGUGGAUGUCUCGUUAACCUUAGCCAAGCACCUCCUGUUAAACUAUGGCCAAGACUCAAACCUCGUCUUCUCCCCGAUAUCCAUACAAGUUGUUCUCAGCUUGCUUGCGGCUGGUUCCAGUGGCGAAACCCGAGACCAGCUUCUCUCUUUUCUUAAGGCUGAAAGUGUAGAUGAACUUAACUCUGUCUAUGCACUUCUUGUUGAUGUUGUCUUUGCUGAUGGCUCCUCCUCCGGUGGUCCUCGCGUGUCCGUUGCCAAUGCUGUUUGGCUUGACGAGUCCCUAUCGUUCAAGCCUUCGUUCCAGCAUGUUGCGGAGACAAUGUACAAGGCGGCUUCUCAUCGUGUCGAUUUUCAGAACAAGGCUGAGGAGGUAAAACACUUGGUGAAUUCUUGGGUCGAAAAGGAGACCUGUGGCCUUAUAAAAAAUAUUCUGAAUUCAGUCGAAAGGUCAACUCAGCUGAUAUUAGCCAAUGCCCUGUAUUUCAAAGGAGAAUGGUCUAGCCCAUUUGACGAAUACGAUACAAGAAACUAUGACUUUUACCUCCUCAAUUCUAGCUCUACUCAGGUACCCUUCAUGACCAGCAAUAAGAAUCAAUAUAUCAGCGUUUUUGAUGGUUUCAAAGUAUUGGGGCUUCCUUAUAAACAAGCCCGUAACCAAAGCUGGGAGAAAAGGCUUUCUUUUUCCAUGUACAUUUUCCUGCCAGAUGCAAAAGACGGCCUGCCAGCACUGGUAGAGAGAGCUGGUUCAGAACCUGGAUUCCUUGACCGCUAUGUUCCAAGUCGAAGAGUUGAGGUUGGAAAGUUCCGGAUUCCAAAAUUUAAAUUUGAGUAUAACAUUGAAGCAUCAAAAGCGUUAAAGAGCCUAGGACUGGUCUCGCUCUUUGGUCCAUCAGGAGGUCUCGGGGAGAUGGUCUCUAAUUCUCUCCCUCUCUUUGUCUCCCAAAUAAUGCAUAAAUCCUUUAUUGAAGUCGAUGAAAAAGGCACUGAAGCUGCUGCUGCAACUGUUGUUUGCAUGGCCACGGGAUCAAGUUGUGUACCUCGGGUAAAGGUUGUGAUUGACUUUGUUGCAGACCACCCAUUCUUGUUUGUCAUUCGGGAAAACGCUACUGGAAUGGUGGAGUUCAUGGGUCAUGUGCUUAAUCCUUCAGUUCAUGCUUGAACUGCCACUAGCUAGUCUUAUCUUCUGCGUUACAAUUAUUUUGCGGAUUAGUUACUUGCUUAAUUUUUGGGCCUUCAGUAGCAAGUGUUUGGUUGGUUAAAAAAUAAGAUUAAUCAAUGAGGCAACUUUAAUUAUUAUUUGAGGCAUAUUUAUGAUGUUAAGUCUAAAUUUCCGACCUGAAUCUCUGAUCCUAAGUUUCGUAAUUAAAAUGUUAUUGAGUUAUUCAAUAUUAAUAUAUAGUUAUUCUCUCUGUCCCUCUCAUUUUUUUAAAAGUUUAGUUAUAUAUAUUUUUUGUUAUACAUUUUUUUAGCUAUAAAAAGAUUAUAAAUUCACUAUUCUUGCUGAAUUGGAGAGUUGAAGCAGCGGCAGCAUCUCUGUAGUCACCGCUUUUGUUCCCUAGUAGUUUGUUCUAUGAUAAUCUUCUGCCAAUUCGUAGUCCUCCACAAAAAGUUCUUCUAAUAAAUGUGCAUUCUCAUC